AUGACUGAUCUAGGAGAAAUGUCUUAUUUCCUUGGAAUGGAGAUUAUUCAAACUCAACAUGAGAUAUUUGUUAGCCAAAGAAAAUAUGCUAAUGAAGUCCUAAACAAGUUCAACAUGGACAGGUGCAGACCAAUGGACACUCCACUGGUUGUAAAUUUGAAGCUGAGCAAAGAUGAUGGAGCUGUGAAGAUUGAUGAGCGAAUUUAUAGAAGUUUGAUUGGGUGUCUAUUGUAUUUGACAGCCACCAGGCCUGACUUAAUGUUUGCAAGAAGUCUCCUCUCCAGGUUUAUGAGCAACCCGAGUGAAGUUCAUCUCAAGGCAGUCAAGAGAGUGUUAAGGUACAUUAAGGGAAGUUCUGAUCUUGGUAUAUGGUUUAAGAAGUCUGAAUUUUUUUAG